UGCGCCGCUGGACCGUUAUUCCGGGGUUCCAGGUGCAUUUCCUGAGCGACAUUUAGAGAAAUCCAGAAGAGAGAGAGAGAGAGAGAGAGAGAGAGAGAGAGAGAAUUAAUCUGACUCUCAGUCUGAUGAGGAACCGGAUACACUCUGAUCUGAUCUGAUCUGAUCUGGAGGUGUUGGUGAUGAUGAUGAUGAAGAUGAUGAUGAUCCAGACUGCUCUUAGGAGAUCAUGAGUGGCCUGUGUUCACCUUAAAACACCUUCACUUUUACCCAGUGCACCCUGAUCAUCACAAAACACCACCAUCAUCAAAACACCACCAUCAUCACCAUCAUCAUCCUCCUCUUCUUCAGCAUGUCCGGGAAACACUUCAAUGUGCAUGAGGUCGGCUGCUGCAUCAAAUACUUCAUCUUCGGGUUUAACAUCAUCUUCUGGCUGCUGGGUGUGGCCUUUCUGUCUGUGGCUCUGUGGGCCUGGAGUGAGAAGGGUGUUCUCUCCAAUAUCUCCUCCAUCACAGAUCUGGGAGGGUUUGACCCGGUCUGGUUGUUCCUGGUGGUGGGGACGGUGAUGUUUGUGCUCGGCUUUGCCGGCUGCAUCGGCGCUCUGAGGGAAAACUCGUUUCUGCUGAAGUUUUUUUCCGUGUUCUUGGGAAUCAUCUUCUUCCUGGAGCUGACCGCCGGAGUCCUCGCUUUCGUCUUCAAGGACUGGAUCAAGGAUCAGCUCAAGUUCUUUAUCAACAACAACAUCAGAGCGUACCGAGACGACAUCGACCUGCAGAACCUCAUCGACUUCACGCAGGAAUACUGGGAGUGCUGUGGUGCGUUCGGACCUGAAGACUGGAACCUAAACAUCUACUUUAACUGCACUGACAACAACCUGAGCAGAGAGAGGUGUGGAGUUCCCUUCUCCUGCUGCACUAAAGAUCCUGCUGAGGAUGUAAUAAACACUCAGUGUGGCUACGACAUCCGAGCUAAAGCUGACUCGGAGCAGAAGACGUUUAUCUACACUAAAGGCUGUGUGCCGCAGUUUGAAAAAUGGCUGCAAGAAAACCUUACGGUGGUGGCAGGAAUCUUCAUAGGAAUCGCACUGCUUCAGAUCUUUGGGAUUUGUUUAGCUCAGAACCUGCUGAGUGACAUCGAGGCUGUGAGAGAGAGCUGUUUGUUUACCUGACCUGGUGGAGUCCGAAGUCCUCACAGCGUCCUGUGGAAGACAAGACGACUUUUCACUUCCAUUCUGAUUUUUUAAAACAUUUUUUUUUUUAUCUCGUCCCUUUCAUCAAUUCCUCUGUGACUGCAGUUCCAUCUCUGACCACUGAAUGUGGUAGAGGCGCUGUAGCUCCAACUCUGUGCGCUGUGGAAAAUACUAGUAAAAAAAAAGUUGCCCCACCCCACGUCUCUCACCACAACUUAACAUUAACAUCCUUGCUAACAGCUAGCGUUGGCUUAUGAAGACCGGCUAGCAUCAUGCUAAUGACACAAAUCGCCUCACGCACCCAAUUCCAUUGUCACCAGUCAGUGUGAAUUAGCUUUUCAUGAAUUAGCCAACUUCAGUCAGGGCGUUAAUAUGGUCAGAAGAUGACGCUAGCUGCUAGUGACAUUUUCCUCAUAAAGUCUGAGGUAAAUGUACAAAAAAACACUAGCUUACCGCUAAUUUAGUGAAUUACCCGUAUUUCUUUUUGUCUGUAAUAUAAAUCGUAGCUUUUUGUGUAGCUAGGCAAACGUCGCUUGUGUUAUGAUGGAAAAUGGACAUCGAUUGGUCGAUUUCCAAGCACUGCUUUUUUAUUUUAAAUUUUUAUUUAUUUUUGCUAACAGCGUCUGCUCUGAGCGGAUGAGAAGCACUGCAUGUUGUACUGGAAUUAUAUUACUGUUAACGUAAAGGCACCUCAUAUCGACAGCUUUCUAGUGAAGAUAUUUAACUUCACUUUUCGUGCGACUUGUGUUCGAUAUGCUAGCUAGGCGAAACCGAUUAGCCGAACAGCAGAAAAGCUUCUAGAGCUCAUAGAAUUCAAAAUUUGAGAAUGUUUCUGAGUAAAAUUACAAUCGAUUCAUGAAUAAUUAGUGAACACGUUUCGGUUCAGGCUGUUGUGUGAACGCAUUCCUCUGAACGCUUUUUUUUUAAUGAAAGUGUGUCGAUGCUAGGUGCCCUGUCAUUCUAGAUCUUUAGGUCAUUAUGAAUUUAAUAUUAUAGCUAUUAGUUUACCUCAGUGUUCAGAAUGUUUUUAAUGCUAGCUGUGUGUGUGAGUGUAUGUUAGAGAGAGUGUGUGUGUGUGUGUGUGUGUGUACUUUGCACUUGCUGGAUUUUCUGGGUUGUAAGAUUUGUCAUUGUUCUUUUGCUAAAUUCGACACUAAACUGACUUUGCACUACAGUUAGCUUGAUACUAAUUGAAAACGUGAUUUCUGCGCUAGCAGAUUCUAAUGGUGCGUUAAAGAGAAUUUGACGUUUAUUAAGACAGUGACGGAUGGAGUUAUGUACCGCGGUCAGAAAGAAAUAUUCUACACCAGCAGGUGGCGCUAUCCAUUAUUUAGUGAGGUGUUUAUUCUGUUGAUGGUCCAGAAAAUGCAGUAAUUGAGCAGAUAAUAUGUUUAUGUAAUUAGAGAUCUGAGACAGAGAAUUGUAGUUUUCCUUCUGAGGCAUAGUAGGAACACUAACGUAAACACGUGAAAGUCGUCAUGUCGUGUUUUUUAUAUGAAUGAUGUAAAUCUGACUCCAGCACUGGUGUUUUGAUUUUUAAACAGGGUUGUUUUUUAAGACACUUCUCACUGCUUCUCACAGCUACUCAAAGCUCCUCAUAGCUCACAGCUCUUCACACUUCCCCACAGGUCCUUAAUGGUAAUCACAGAUCCUCUAAGCGCCUCACAGAUUCUCACUGGUCCUAACAGAUCCUCAAAACUCCUCACAGCUCACAGCUCUUCACACUUCCGCACAGGUCCUUAAUGGUCCUCACAGACCCUCUAAGCUCCUCACAGUUCCUCACAGAUUCUCACUGGUCCUAACAGAUCCUCAAAGCUCCUCACAGCUCACAGCUCUUCAAACUUCCUCACAGAUCCUCAAUGGUCCUUACAGCUCCUCACUGGUCCUCACAGAUCCUCACAGCUCCUCACAGUUGCUCACAGCUCCUUACGGCUACUUCCAACUCUUCACUGGUCCUCACAGCUCCUCACGUGUCCUUAACGCUCCUCACAGGUCCUCACAGCUUCUGACUGGUCUUCAUAGCUUAUAGAUCCUUGCAGUUCCUAAAAACUCCUCAAAGCUUCUCACUGGUAGUCAUUGGUCCUCGCAGCUCACAGUUCCUUACAGUUUCUCAUAGCUCCUCAUAGUGGCCCAUUGCUCCUCACAGUUCUUCUCAGUUUCUUACAGCUCCUAACAGUUCCUCAGAGCUCCUCACAGUUCUUUAAAGCUCCUUACAGUUCCUCACAGCUCAUCACAGUUCCCCACUGCUCUUUACAGCUCCUCACAGCUCCUUACAGUUCUUUAGACCUUGUCACAGCUCCUCAGCCCACUUUACUGCUCCUUACUGCUCCUCAGAGUCCCUCACAGGUCCUCACUGCUCCUUACAGUUCUUCACAGAUCCUCACCACUUGUCACAGUUUCUCACAGCUUCUUACAGUUCCUCACUGCUCCUUACAGCUCCUCACAGUUUCACUGCUCCCUACAGCUCCUCACAGUUUCUCACAGCUCCCAACAGUUCCCAAAAGCUCCUCAAAGCUACUCACUGGUCGUAAUUGGCCCUCAAAGCUCACAGUUCCUUACAGUUUCUCAUAGCUCCUCACAGUUGCCCACUGCUCCUCACAGUUCCUCUCAGUCCUCACAGCUCCUUACAGCUCGUCACAGUUCCUCAUUAUCUGUACUGUUCCUCACAGCUCCUCAGAGCUCACAGCUCUUUAGCCUUCCUCACAGAUCCUCAAUGGUUCUUACAGCUCCUCACUGCUCCUCACUGCUCUUCACACUUCCUCACUGUUCCUCACUGUUCCUCACUGCUCCUCACUGCUCCUCACUGCUCCUCACUGCUCCUCACUGCUCCUCACUGCUCACUGUGUGUGUUGUGUUUGAUGUGAUUUGUUUGAUUUGCUGAAGUAUUUUACAGUGUUGUAUUUGAGCACAUUGAAGCUGUUCUCCACCCUGAGACGAGGUGAGCGGUGAGAAAAAUAAAGUUUCAUAUGUUUUGUUAAAA